UUGGGCUCCUGACAUGCCACAGAUAAGGAGCUGUUCCUUGCUGACGCCUCUUGGGCUUUUUAUCGCUCUAAGUUUUUAUUCCUUUCCCCCCACAACUCCUUUUCUAUUGGUGUGAGGUUACUGGAACAUUUUUAUAGAAAAAAAUAUUAAUGUGUUUGUGCUUAAUGUAGUCUAGGGCACAAUGCCUUCUAAAUACCGCAACUUCCAAAACAGCGUGCCAUGGAUACUCCUUUUUCUGGAAGUUGUUUUGAUUAUCCUCUUUUACUUUUUGUUCUCAGACGAUGAUGCACCCGUAUCAACCAUCUCCUACCCAGCUUUUCAAGAUGUCAGCCACAUGGUGAUUUUUGGUUUUGGCUUUUUCCUGACAUUUCUGAAAAGAUAUGGGUUUAGCAGCACUGGAUUCAACCUCCUGAUCAUUGUACUUGGUGUCCAAUGCUCUGUGCUGAUAGAAGAUUUAUUAGGUUUCCUUCUUCAAAGGGAAUACGAAGAUGGUCUGAAAAGAAUAACAAAGGCUGCUGUGAGUAUGACUGCUGUGGUCAUCUCUACUGGAGCUGUUCUUGGGAAGGCUAAUCCUGUGCAGUUAAUUCUUACGGCAGUUGUGGAGAUAAUAGCUUUCCAUAUGAGCAGAUGGAUCAACACCACAUCCCUGGAGGUUCCUGACGAUAUCGGCAUGAUGCAUGUUCACCUGUUUGGAGCCUACUUUGGUCUGGCUGUCUCCUCACACUUCUCUGAGCCAUCACCAAGGACUGAGAAGAAUGCGAGUACCCCGAAGUCGGAUUUGUUGUCAAUGUUAGGUACUCUCUUUCUCUGGGUAUUCUGGCCAAGCUUCAAUUCUGUACUACUUAAGAACAACAAGACCAAAGCAAUCUACAACACCUACUUUGCCCUUGCAGCGAGUGCUGUAACUGCCUUCGUGUUGUCUCUUCUGACCGCAAAGGAUGGAAAAUUCAGAAUGACUGAUAUCCACAGUGCAGUACUAGCUGGUGGGGUCACUGUUGGUUAUGCAGCAAACAUUAUCGAGUAUCCUUGGAUUGCAAUGAUUUUGGGUCUGCUUGCCAGUGGCAUAGGCGUAUUAGGAUCUUACUGUUUACAGAGGUGCUUGCAUCCUGCUCUCAAGAUUCAUGAUACCUCUGGAAUUCAUUUCACUUUUGGCUUGCCUGGUGUGCUUGGAGCUCUUGCCCAGGUUGUUCUCUCAGUAUUAAAAGAAUGGACCGAGUCACCAAGACUGGAUUAUUUGGUCAUGAUUCCUAUUGGUGCCUUCUGCCUGACCAUCAGUGUUGCCUUGAUCACAGGUUUUAUUACAGGUUUAAUCGUAAACCUCAAACUGUUUAAGACCACCCCUGUAUCAAAGUACUUUGAAGACCAGUUUUAUUGGGAGUUUCCCCAUUUGGCUGUUGGAUUUUGAAUGGAGGAACCCAGAUGACAGAUUUGACCAAGAAAAGCUUUUCCUGUUUGUCAUUAGAGAAAAUCAAUAACUACGAUGGGUUGAAAGAGCACUUAAGUAUCAAUUCACAGGCUCAAAAAAGCCAUCCCAAUGGCAUCCCACAAAAAAAUUAGUAAUAAACUGUUGUAGUUAUUCUUGAAAGAUACAGAGUGUAACUUUACAGAUGCAAACUCACGCUGCAUUUAGCUUUUCUGCUUUGUUGGCCUUACCUUAAAUAUUCUUUUGUGGGAUACAUACAAAAAAGUUGGCUGCAUUAAUUGCUGUAAUGGCUUAUCAAUACAAAUGCUUGGAAACUUUAAACUAUUUUUAGCUCCCAAGUUUAAAAGCCAAAAUAUGUAUUUUAAAGUAUAAUUUUUCAAGGAGUACAUACUCAUUCUUAUCUAGCGAAGCAUUCAAGUACUUGUUUUUAAGCUAAAUUAAUUCUGUUGAAGGCCUCGUUAAGCAAGGAUUUGAUGAGUAAGCUGGAUCAGGGCCAGAACUCUGCAUCUUGCCAGACUGAAGUCUUUGAGUUAUCUGACUGCUUAAAGAAAAAUCUAUAAUUACUUGGCUCAGGCUAGCUAUUUGGAAGUUGAAAUGGCAAGAAGUUAAAUUGUUCUGCUUGUGGACGGUGCCCCUGAAAUCAAUGGUAUUUACUUGUAUUCAAGGUUUGGUAGCAAACCUCAGAACAGCCUGUCUGUGCUGUGACAGUCUGCACCACCAUGGGGUCACAGCUGCCCAAAAGGCCCUGGCUGCCCCAAAGGCAUAGACAACCAGAGAGACUGAGGGAAUAGUCCUUGGUACUGCAUGGUACCAAGGCUAAGACCCCAUUUCUGAAGCGUUGUAUGUUGAGCUGUUUUACUCCGAGACAAGCAGGAGGCUUUGGUGCAUGAGCUAGGGCCUGACCAGGCAGAGGAUUCUGUGCAAGCAAACCCUUGUUUUUAAAUGGAUUGUGAUCUUCAGCCUUUCUUCUUUGUUUCAAACUAGUUGACCUAGAAAAACUCUUUCAAAAAUGCUUACCUAAUAAAAAAGUCAAAAUUUGAUUGUUUUUAUUUAUUCAGCAUGCUUGCUUAAAAAUGAAGCAAGGAGGAAAAAUGUCAUACUGAAGACAAGGCAUGAGUUCUUUGAUGCUCACUGCAGUAAUGCAUGCUGACCUUCAUUCAUUUGGGAUUAAGCAAAGUAAAUCACUACAGUUAAAGAAGUGUGAGACAGGUUUCAAGUAAUGAAAAAUUACUUGCUGAGGAAGGGACAGUUUUUCUUACUUCCAGGUCACAAAAUAGCCAGUGAUCUGCCGAGUUUAUCAGCUGCCUGCAUUCAGCCUGGACGCACGCUUACAUAGUCACACUAUCUCACAGUAACACACUACUACCUGUGCAAUAGUCUAAUCCAGGCUCAGCUUGUGUUCUCCACUUUCUUAACUUCCCAGCAACCAACCAAACAUAACUUCUGCAACACAAAUGGUUUUCUAGCAGGAGUGCUUUUAAAGAAUAGUAUUUUAUUCCCUCCCUUUUUCCCACAUCUCUUUUAGCAUUGAUUUCUUGGGCAACUAGCCUAGGUGAAUGCAUAGGAAGGGGCAGAUACAGGAUCAAAAUUCUCCCUGGUAGUGACCGUCCCUGGUCUGAGGAGUACUCUUUGCCACAGAGAGGACUCUGAUCUGAGGACUACUCUUCCUUUUUUUUUUUUUUACAGUGGUUAGAAAAUAGUUGACAGCAGGCUUUGUGGAUGAGCUACUUCCAUCUAGAGCCACUUCGUCAUUUGUACUUGUGCCUCUACAAUGUCAUCCACAGCAGCUGUAAGUUGUUACUCACCAUUAUUGCCACA